AUGGAAAAUAUCAAAUUUAAUACUAGCAAUGAAAAUAAUGUUAUAACAUUAACAAGUAAUAAUAAUAAUAAUAAUAUCAAUAAUGAUAAUAAUAACAAUAAUACAAAUAGUAUAGACUGGUCAAAUCAUAAAGAAGUUGUUUUACCAAAUUUAAUAGUGGUCAAAAUAUUAGAGCUUUACAUUGAAUAUUCAGAAUCAAUUAAAUAUAACGAAUUGCAAUUGUUAUCAUUGGUAUGCAAAAAAUGGAACUCUUCCAUCGUUCCGAAAUUAGAAAGAUUUAGAAUUAGCAAAUGUAAUGACUAUGUAAAAACCUUUUCAAAUAUGCAAAACUUGGUUGAAAGAUUAAAACGAUUUGGUCUUAAAAGUGGUUAUUCAUAUGGCAAUAAUGUUUAUCGUUCCGAAACAAAACGUAUCCAAAAUGUUUUAAAUAUGAUAUUACAACCGAAAAUAAUAGAAGACACUAUUAAUUAUUUUAACGAAGAUAUUUUAAUAGAUGGCAUACAAUGUGGAACUCUUUUUGAUCCUGACACCAGCAAAAUCAAAAGUUUUGCAACUACAACAAUAAUGAAAAAUGGUAAAAGCCAGCCCUUAGAGAUUGAUGCGUCAAGAGUUCAAAUAACACAGUUACAACUUUCACACCAUAGAUAUUAUUAUCCAAAACAUAAAAUUUCUUUAGAUAAGCUUUUCAUCUAUGAAGAGGGUAAAACUUAUGAUGUAGAUCAUUUGAAUGAAAGAAAAACUACUAAUGAAGCACCACAGUAUGGUGUAUUUCUUACAGGAAUUCCUUGUAAUGAAUGUGAAGGCUGUACAUUAGAAUUAAUAGAUCCUCCAUCAAUUAACUAUAUUUAUGGAGAUGUCAAUAAUAGACAUGAAACUACUUCAGAAUACCAAUUAGCAACAAAUCUUGUCAGUCGUAAGUUUCAAACCGUAUUGUAUUGUGACUCAAUAGAAUUCCUAAACAAUUCAGUAAAAAGAAUUAAACCAAUUUCUAGUGGUACAUGCUUAGUAUUAAAAUAUAAUAUUUUUUAUGAUGAAUCUGAGUAUGAUAUUCUCAGAAAUAGUAAUAAUAAUAAUAAUAAUAAUAAUAAUAGUAAUAAUAUAAACACCAUUAUAAACGAUGUAUAUGGUUUUAAUGUACCCGUAAUGAAUCAAUUUUUCAAAGAAAUUCAAGAACCUUUAAAAAAAUUUAAUGUUGGAAUAACAUUGGGAUCCGUUUAUUCAAAUACCAAAAUAAAAUAUGGCCAUUGUGAACCCUUGAAAGGUAGGGAUAUAAUACUCUGGCACUUUUUUAAAGAGAAGUUUGGUUUGGAUAAAAUAAGAGUUUCCACAUUACUAUAUUCAACAAAAGAUGGUUUUAUUGAAGAGUUGAACCAUAGGAAUGUUCAUGAUGGGAAUAUUACAAUGACAGAGUCGAAACAUACCGUUAUUUUCUCUUCCAUUGAUCUUGAGGAAUCAAAUGAAUUUCAUGUAGAAGACUACAGCGAAAAUAGAGUUUUAGUAUUUUCAGCAAUUAUCAUAUUUAAAUAA